AUGUCGCAGGCUGAGGGGGCUCGUGCCGACUCUAUUGACGAUCAGGAUCGUGCCCGGGCCGAUGGCGACAAGAAGCCGAAGUCCCGGCGACCAGCGAACACUGCAUUUCGCCAACAACGAUUGAAAGCCUGGCAACCGAUCUUGACCCCUAAAAGUGUUUUGCCUCUCUUCUUUGCUAUUGGUAUUAUUUUCGCUCCCCUUGGAGGUGUCCUCUUGUGGGCAAGCUCCCUGGUUCAAGAGAUCGUAAUCGAUUACUCUGAUUGUUUGUCCCAAGCCCCCACGAGUAACCCGGCUACCAUUCCCAGCGGGGUAUCCUACACAUUCAAAGCGACCCCCAGGAGCAAACCAACAUGGCAGCAAUAUCACAAUUCCACAACAGACGCUACCACAUGCAUCCUCACCUUUGACAUUCCCGAGUCAAUGGGGCCCCCUGUUUAUCUUUACUACCGCCUUACAAACUUCUACCAAAACCACCGUCGCUACGUACAAUCUCUGGAUGUAGACCAGUUGAAAGGCACGGCUGUCCCAUCCAAAACUAUCAAAGGCGGCACCUGUGAGCCUCUUACAACCGAUCCUGUCACCAAGAAGCCGUACUACCCCUGCGGGUUGAUCGCGAACUCUAAAUUCAAUGACAGUAUCGGCAGCCCACUGUUCAUGUCCACCGAUGGGGCCCCAACAUACUAUAACAUGACCGACAAGGGGAUAGCUUGGGAAAGUGACAAGGCGUUAUUCAAAAAGUCAAAGUAUAAGCCGUCGGAUGUGAUGCCCCCGCCCAACUGGGUUAAGACGUACGGCAACGGGACAUACACAGACGAGAACUUCCCCAACUUGAAUGAGAUGGAGGACUUGAUGGUCUGGAUGAGGACGGCUGGGUUGCCAGCGUUUAGCAAACUUGCGCGCCGGAAUGAUGACACUGCCAUGGCUCCUGGGAUAUACAAAUUGAACAUCACUGAUCACUUUCCUGUCACUGAGUACCAUGGGACCAAGUCGAUCUUGAUAUCUACCCGCACCGUCCUUGGUGGGAAGAAUCCCUUCAUGGGUAUUGCGUACGUGGUUGUCGGGGGUAUUUGCGUGCUCCUUGGAGCUCUGUUUACAAUUGCCCACUUAGUGCGACCCAGAAAAUUGGGUGACCACACCUACUUGACCUGGGAUUCAUCCAACCAACCGACUACCGCCAUGGCGACUGGUCGAGCAAGUGCACCUUGA